AUGGGGUCCUGCUUGUCCGCAGAUAGCAGGAGCCCCCAACCUGGUUCUCCUGUGGGGUUACGGAAGAGGAAGGGCUCGAAGAAGAGGCUUGAUUCUCGAAAUUCGUCCUUUGACUAUAAGAGGGAGGAACAGCUACAUAGGACCCCCGGGCGUAUGUUCUUGAAUGGAUCAAGUGAAAUUGCCUCACUCUUUACCAAACAAGGCAAGAAAGGAACAAAUCAAGAUGCCAUGAUUGUUUGGGAGAAUUUUGGUUCUAGAAUGGACACAGUCUUUUGUGGUGUUUUUGAUGGCCACGGCCCUUACGGUCAUAUGGUUGCCAAGCGGGUUAGAGAUUCUCUUCCUCGGAAGCUAAGUGCACAUUGGGAAGUUAAUAUAAAGAGUGAUGAGGUUCUUCGAGGGAUCAGUUUGAACACCAAGGGUAGUAUGUGCUCAGAAGGUACAUCCUUCGUAUCUGCUAACGAGGAAGCUAGAGCUUCUAUAGAUUGCGAUGACACGGGAAAGCAUCCUGAGAUUUUUCAGACAAUGAAGGAAUCUUUCCUGAAGGCUUAUAAGGUUAUGGACACGGAACUGAGAAUGUAUGCAAAUACUGAUUGCUUCUGCAGUGGGACUACGGCAGUGACUCUGGUGAAGCAGGGUCAGGAUCUUGUGAUUGGAUAUAUUGGGGACUCCAGAGCUGUAUUGGGUACAAGAGAUCAAAAUAAUUUUCUUACUGCAGUCCAGUUGACUGUGGAUCUUAAACCUAAUCUUCCAUUGGAAGCAGAGAGGAUUCACAAAUGUAAAGGACGAGUUUUUGCCCUUCAGGAUGAACCUGAGGUUGCAAGAGUGUGGCUGCCAAAUAACGACUCUCCUGGCCUUGCAAUGUCUCGUGCAUUUGGAGAUUUCUGUCUCAAGGAUUUCGGUCUUAUCUCAGUGCCUGAAAUUUGCUAUAAACAUAUUACUGAUAAGGAUGAGUUUAUAGUAUUGGCAACAGAUGGGAUUUGGGAUGUGCUAACAAACAAAGAAGUGGUCGACAUUGUGGGUUCUUCUCCCACGCGUUCAUAUGCAGCCCGCAUGCUAGUAGAGUCGGCAGUUCGGGGUUGGAAGCUCAAGUAUCCAACUUCUAAGGUUGACGACUGUGCAGUGGUUUGCCUCUUUCUUGAUUCAAACUCAAAGGAAUCCACUAUUUCAUCUGCAAAAUCCAAGAAAAAGGUUACUGCAGAGGAUGAUUUCUACAAGAAAGAUUAUUCUCUUUAUCCACCCGGAUUUAACAGCUCUGGUACCGUCAGAACUAGGGAACAAGUUGAGGCUUCAGAAGCAAAGGAGGAUGAAGUCUCCGACCUUGAAGAAACAAACGUGGAGGUUGGAAAAGAGUGGUCCGCUCUCGAAGGAGUCGCCCGUGUGAACACAUUAUUGACCUUGCCAAGAUAUGUGCCUCCCGACGAAGAGGAAAAUGCUGCAGGAGAUACAAAGGCCCGCGUGCUAGUAGAGUCGGCAGUUCGGGGUUGGAAGCUCAAGUAUCCAACUUCCAAGGUUGACGACUGUGCAGUGGUUUGCCUCUUUCUUGAUUCAAACUCAAAGGAAUCAACUAUUUCAUCUGCAAAAUCCAAGAAAAACGUUACAGCAGAGGAUGAUUUCUACAAGAAAGAUUAUUCUCUUUAUCCACCCGGAUUUAACAGCUCUGGUACUGUCAGAACUAGUGAACAAGUUGAGGCUUCAGAAGCAAAUGAGGAGGAAGUCUCCGACCUUGAAGAAACAAACGUGGAGGUUGGAAAAGAGUGGUCCGCUCUCGAAGGAGUCGCCCGUGUGAACACAUUAUUGACCUUGCCAAGAUAUGUGCCCCCCGACGAAGAGGAAAAUGCUGCAGGAGAUACAAAGGGUAGAAAGUGA